GUCUCAGGCCAUCCUGGACAGGACUCUCACAACAUACUUUAACGGGACAGCCUGAGUCCCAGCCCUCUCUUCAACCCACCGUAUCCAGGGCAGCAUCGUUCAGUUCCCCUCCAACAACGCAAGCAUUGUAGCGUCAUACAACAUGGACACACCCAAGGACAGGCCGAUCCUGGUUGCGGCCGCGUUCAGUGCCUCGGGACACAUGACCCCGCUCCUGCACAUCUCGGAGCAUCUUGUCAAGAGAGGGUUCCAGGUAUACUUCAUCACCGGUGCUGAGUUCAAGGCGUCGGUGGAGAAGAUAGGCGCAACCUUCGUCGAGAACCCAUUUCAAUGGGAGCAGAUAUACUUCACGCAGGCGCCUAAGGUGCACGACGAGACCUGGGUCAUGAAGUACAUCUUUGGCGACGCGACGCCUCAUACGCACCGCGCCCUGAAGGAGACGCUCGAGCGAGUCCGCAGGGAGCACCCCGGCUGCGAAGUCGUCAUCCUCCACGAGAGCUUUGCCGGCGGCCUCGGGCCCUUCGUGUGCGGCGCGCCCCUCCCAGAGGGCUACACCUCCCUCCCUAAGGCCAUUGUCUUCCACUCCAGCGUCUAUGCCUCCGCGGACGACCAAACCCCCCCAUUCGGCCCAGGCUUCCGCUACGACCCCACGCCGGAGAACCUCGCGCUCUGGCGGUCCACGCGGGAGGCCAUGGAGCCGGGCUACCAGGGCGUAGUGGCGCACUACAAUGCGCUGUACCAAACCCUCGGCGCCACCCGCCCCAUCAAGGACGACUUCCUCGAAUUCGUCCUGAGUCUCGGCGACGCCACGGUACUCGCGACAAGCCCGAGCCUGGAGUAUCCCAUCCGCAACAAGCCCGCGCGGCUGCGCCUGAUCGGCGGCCUGCCUCCCAAGCCCGUCAGCCCGGACUUUGCCUACCCGGUCUGGUGGCCCACCAUCACGAGCAACGCUGCGCUGCCCGCGGGGGAUGCCAACAAGAAGAGGGUUGUCUUCGUGACCCAGGGCACCAUCCACCUCGACUACAGCGAGCUCCUCCUGCCCACGCUCAAGGCCCUGGCCAACCGGGCCGACGUGAUCGUCGUCGCCACGUUGGGCGCGCGCGGCGCAGAGCUCGAGAAGAAGCCCAAGGACGACCCGGCCUGGCAACUCCCGUCCAACGCCCUCGUCAUCGACUACCUGCCCUAUAACGCGCUCCUGCCCUACGCCGACGUGUUCGUCUCCAACGCAGGCUAUGGCGGGUUCAUGCAUGGCGUGAUGAACGGCGUGCCCAUGGUGCUGGCGGGAGCCCUAGCCGACAAGGGCGAGGUGUGUGCCAGGGCCGAGUUCGCUGGUAUCGCGAUCAAUUUGGCGGCGCAGAAGCCCGGGGAGGACGCCAUCGGCCAGGCUGUGAAUCGCGUGUUGGCGGACGAAAAGUUCAAGGCUAGGGCGAUGGAGUUGAAGAAGGAGAAUGAUGAGAUGGAUGCGCUGGGGACGUUUGAGGGAAUUAUUUGGGAGAUGGUGGGUCUCAAGUGAGAGUGGCAUGUUGAGAAGCGGCAUUGGAUAACCGCACUUUGGACGGAGAACUGAAGCAUUACUAAGGUAGUC